GCACACAACAACGCGUUGCCGCGCUCAUUUACAAUAUAAUUUCUGCCGGAUUCGGACGGAUUGACAAGCGUCCUUUUUACAUGUCAGAAAGAUUGAAAAUUUUAAAAGACAAAAAUUGGUGUACAAAUAUUAAUUAAUUUCGCAGAGCUGGAAAUACAUUUAAAGCAUAUUGGCUACUGUUUAAUUAUCGUGCAUAUUUAAAUUAAGCAAACGCAAUGGAUCGACGCUCAUUACGUUCGCGUCGCGCAGAGGAUUUCGCACCCGUUGCUGCUGCCGCCCCACCCACUACACAGUCGGCCGCCGCCGCCACACAGACUCGGCGCGCCAAUGCUGGAAUUCGCACACGUGCUUCGCCCUCACGCAACAAGGUGCCGCCCCCCGAGCCGCCCGUCGCCGAUGUCGGACUGCGCGCCCGUCGCUCCAGCCGGCCGCGUUCCGCUGCCGGACAGCCGGUCGCAGCGCCCCGCACAACCGCCACGCGGUCUACGGCCAAAGCGCCAACGCCAAUCAAGGAAGUCAAUGAGGUAUCGUCUCCCGUGCGCACCCACAGCAGCUUUCCAAUGACCAUGACCACGAACACAUCGUCUCGUGCGCCGAAUGUGGCGCUGCUCACGUCCUCGGUGAACAGUCCGAACAUCAGUCGCACAUACAGCAGCUCCACGACCACCACAGAGUACAUUGAGAUACGCACCGAGGGGGGCACUGGGGAUGAGGUGGACUCGGAAUCGAUACGGAAACGUCUCACAGAUCGACUGCGUCGUUCGCUCUCGAAGACCAUCUCGACUGUGGCGGGCUUGAAUGCGGAUGAGAAUAGGAACAGCUCGGACAGGGGCAGUCGCUAUAGCCGAUCUGUGUCGCGUUCCGUUUACGAUGACGAAGACAAGAGCUCGAAGCGCAGCUACUCCACCGGCGAGGAGGACAUCAUCGAGGAGGAGGAGCAGCUGGAGGAUGAGGAUGAGUUCCGCAGCUUCAAUGUUACGCGGCAGUCGAGGACGCCGGACAACUCCUGCCGGAAGCGGCUGGCGCCCCAGGAAUUUGGUGGCUGGCCUGGAGCACUGCUCCUGUUGCUGAAUGUGCCCGCUCUGGUCUACUAUCUCACCUGGAGCUGUACGGCGCGCAACGGCUGUCAGCUGAAGCGGCCCAAUCCCAUGGCUCUGCUCGACUGGAACUAUCUGACGCAUCAGGUGUUCCUGCCGCACGUCGUCGGCGUCUUCUCGGCCUACCAGUUUGUGGUCUUUCUGCUGGUGGCCCUGCUGCCCGGACGACGUGUCCAUCUCACACGUGAAACGUACAAAUUCAAUGGAUUGGGCGUCAGCUUCACCCUGCUGCUCGCUGGCGGCAUCGCCGAGUAUCUGAAGUAUCCCGUGGUCAGCUUCAUACUCCGUCACUAUCUCAGAUUCUGCAUCUAUGGCCUGAUCAGCGCCUUUGUGGCCGCCGCCUGGAGCUACUGGCGCGUCGACACCACCAAAUACAAUGUGCUCCGCCAGACGCUGGUCAAUGACUACGGGCGCAGCGGCAACUUCGUGAUCGACUUUGCCCUGGGCCGACAACUGAAUCCCAAGUGGCUGGGACGCGUCGACUGGAAGCAAUACUACUAUCGCCUCUCCCUGGUCAGCACCCUGCUCUAUGCCGUCUGCUACAUCUACCAGACGCUCCAGUGGCCCCAGUGGCCCCAAGCCCAGGAGGGCUACGUCCAUCUCGUGCGCUACUAUUGGCAGAAUGUCAACUACGAUGCCGGCGCUCUGCUGGCGGCCAGUUCGCUCCUGUUGUAUGUGCUGGAUGCGCUGAUCUUCGAACAUCAUCUCAGCUGCUCCUUCGAGCUGCAGCACGAGGGCUACGGCUGCCUGCUGCUCCUGCGCUACGCGGCCACGCCCUAUCUACUCAGCUCGGUCAGCAAAUACUUCUACGAGCAGCGCGUGCCCAUCAGCUGCUGGUAUGCMCCGUACGCUGUGCUCUGCCUGCUGCUGCUGGGAUUGGGCAUCAAGCGCUACAGCUGCGCCUACAAGUACAAGUACCGUUUGAACUCGCAGCAUCCCGUCUUCGCCAACAUCGAGACCAUUCACACCUACCAGGGCAACCGGCUGCUGCUGAGCGGCAUGUGGGGCCAUCUGCGCCAGCCCAACUAUCUGGGUGACAUCAUCGCGCUUUGCGCUCUGGCCGCGCCCAUGAUCCUGCGUCCGGCUUGGCCGCCGCUGCUGUCGCUGCUGCUGCUGAUCCUAGUUCUGGUGCAUCGGGCCACGCGCGCCAAUGCGCGCAAUCAGGAACGCUAUUUCUCCUCCUGGCAGCGCUACUGCAUCCUGGUCAAAUACUACAUAAUACCCAAGGUUUUCUAAGCCCCAGCGAAAGCUCAAGGCUCAUUUUUUGAUUUGGCUCUGCCCACCGCAAAUUUUUGAUAAUU